AAAAAUAGGUUAAUUAAGAAAAAUUCAUAAUUAUUUGCCAAAAGAAGAAGAGAAGCUUUAAUGGGCUUCCAAAAAUUCUUCUUUUUGUUUCUCUUCUUCCUUCUUGUUGGCGUGUCAUAUUCUUCUUCUCCAUUAUACAUCAAACAUGAUGUGCUUGAGGCUCGUGUUCAUACGGGACGUGCCCUUCUUCAACAACAAGGAAAUUGUCCCAUUGAUUUUGAGAGGGAAAACUACACCAUCAUAACAAGUCAAUGCAAAGGACCUCACUACAAUUCAUCAAUAUGUUGCAAUGCAUUCAAACAAUUAGCAUGCAAACAUACACAAGAAAUAAAUGAUGUGCAAAAUGGAUGUGCUACAACUAUGUUUAAUUACAUUAAUCUAUAUGGCAAAUAUCCACCUGGCCUAUUUGCAAAUAUGUGCAAAGAGGACAAAGAAGGCCUAAAUUGCAAAGAUGUUAUUCAGCCAGAAGGCAAAAAUGAUGAACAAAAGAGUAAUUCUUCAAAAGGUACUAAAUGUUCAACAAUUCUAAUGGUGAUAGCCACUUUUUUAAUCAUAUUAAUGUUAAAUAUAUGAAUGAAUGAUGAUGGAUAAGUCUUUUUAAUUUUUCAUUUUGGUUCUUUUUUAAAUGUAAUACUUUUAUUUAUUUAAAUAUAAAAUUAUAAUUGGGACCUGUAAGAAUUCUUUUU